AUGAUGAUGCGACCCGUUGUCUGUUUGCUGGUUUUUCUGCUGAGUGUUGCAUCUGUAUGCGUGGAAGCUAACUCGGAACCUGGACUUGAACCUGCUACUCCGGAUUGCAAUCCUGUUCCUUGUCCACAAGAAGCAACAAAACCAGUUUCUCUAAGUACUUCAUCUCCUCCUCAACCUGCUGCUAAAGGUGCUGCAUGUUCUGGUGAGGAAAGUGGUGAUACUAGUGAUACUUGUCAUGAAGGUGCUGCUGAUGAUCUACAUGAUGAUGGUGAUCGUGAGUGCACUUCUGGUGCUGAUGCUUCUAAAUGUGUGAAAGGAGGUCAUACAGGACCAGAGUGUCACCCAGGUGAUGAGGGUGGAAAAAAUGAAACGAAUUGCAAACGAAAACCCUCGAAAGAAUUAAAUCAAGAAUCUGAUGGUGCUGGUGUUUGCACUACUGAUAAUCCUAAAGAUGGUAAAUGUGCCGGAGACACCAAAGAUCCUCUUGCUAACGCAACUAAAGAACCAAAAGAGGGUGAUCCUGGGAAAGAAAAACAGCUUGCUCCUCCCAAAAACCCUGAAGAAAAGGAACCUGAAUCUCACGUUCAUGAUAGAGCUGGUGCUCCUGCUGGUCCUACUGGUGAUGUUGAUAUUCCAGCACCUGCCGAAUCUGUUAAACCUGGAGGCAGUGAUGUUCCAUCUCCGUCUGGUGGUCCGACUGCGACUGAAGGUCAAACUGAAAACAGCGACAAGGCGGCAGGUGAAACUCCACCAAAUGAGGUGAGUGCAGCAGAACAGCCUUCUACUAACAGAACAGAGACGGAGAGUGCUACUGGUGGUUCUGAUGUGGGAAAUGCAAACACAACACCCAGUGAGGAAUCAACCACCACCACUACAACAACAACAACACUUCCUCCUGAACUCACAAACAACAAGAAGGGUGAUGCAGACAGCAGCAGCAGUAUCAGCAGUUCUGUGUGGGUGCGUGUACCACUACUGAUUGUGUUUACACUGACCUGUAUUCUUGUGUGCUGA